CCAGCGUUUGUCUAAGCUCUCACGAGUUGACCGUUGAGAUCCCAACGUUCACGCGCCGUCGCUUAGUGCCAUUCUAAUUUAGUCGCAACGGUCGAAGAUCACCAUCAUGUCCCACGAAAAGCCGCUCAAUGAGUAAGUUCAUUCUAUCAAUUACGAUGGCUGGGAAUCGUCAAGUACAAGUCGCGUUCAGAUGAUAGUGUCUAACAAUGUAUCCUCAGGCUCCUCUCCCGCUCUAUGGUGGACAUCUACAUUGGCGAGGAGAACACACACUGGAUUCUUCAUGAGAAGCUCCUAUGCCACCACUCGCCCUUCUUCCGUAAGAUCUUCUAUGCCAAGGGCAAUACUACACAGUCCUUCGGACUCCCCGAGGAUGAUGACAAUGCCUUCAAGAGCUUCGUCGGCUGGCUCUACUCCAGCUCACUCCCUGUUCCUCGCGAGGAGUCCGACCUCGGUGUACUCUUCGAGCUGUACCUGAUGGCGGAGAAGUUCCAGAUCCCCAACCUGAUCGCCGACGUGCUCCAAGUCGUCCGUGAAUGGUACAAGUUCAGCGACUCGUACCCAGGCCUGCGCCGCGUGCAGUACAUCUAUGCCAACACCGAGAACGGCAGCCCCAUGCGCCACAUGCUCGUGCACUCGAUUGCACGCAUGAUGGUCCUCGAGAAGGGUCUGCCUGCCCACUGGGACAAGGCGCUGCGCAAGAAUGGCCAACUCGCUGUCGACGUCAUCUGCGCGAUCCAAGACUGGAGACUGGACGAUGAGGUCGUCCCCGAUGCGCGCGACGAUCCUGCAGAGGGCGAGGACCUCAUCGAUAUCGAGGAGGAGAUCAAGCAGAACGACGCCGAGCUCGAGCAGAAUGCCGACAUCGAGGACAACGCAUCCGAAUCUGUCGACGUUCUUGAGGGCGAGGAGCAGGAGGUCGAGGUUGAGGGUGAGGACGAGGAGCAAAAAGAGGAGAACGACGACGCUGAGGAGACAGACGAUACCGUUGUCGGCAGCCCGACGCAGAGCAAGCACGACAUCUCCAAGGACGACAAGAAGGCCUCCAACGGCACAUCGAAGGUUGACGAUCUGAAGAAAGACUUCAGCAAGUUCAGCCUCAACGUCGUGCCCAAUGGACUUACAAACGGUGACUUCGGUUCCCUGAAGGCUUAGACAGCUUGUCCAAUCGACGAUGUCUAGCUUGUUGAUAGUCGUCGACGUCCCGUUUCGAGCUUGAGCGCCACUCGCUGGGAGCUUCAGUUGGUGAAAUUUACAUGAAGGAAACGAAACACGUUGACAAGAACGUUGCAUACGGGCGUUCAGGUUGGCUUUCCAUUUGGGUCACGAACGCUUCAUAUCCUUACCGCAUUUCACUUCUCUUUUUUCUAAUGCCUCGAGGGGCUUGUUACAUUGUACUGUAUCUGUCGCAUAAUCUGACUCCAAGUAACCAAAAUUCAUCUUCAUUCCUCUCUUGG